AUGAGGGGAUUCGGAGUAUUUUCAGCGGCUCUCGUCGCGCUGUCAACCAUCAGAGAUGCCCUUGCAUUCAAUGCCCCAUCCGAUGUUCCUACGUGGUGUGGAAAGCCUUAUAUGAGCACAAACCAGGCACUGGAUCCAGGUGGACAGUUCGUCUUUCCAACCGUCCAGUCAAAGCCGAUGCUCUAUGUAACGGUGGCCCCAAGGUAUACGAUUUUCCUGGAAAAUGACGUCUUCGGGUCUUUCAUUGUUGGUGCAUCGAUCUCACACAUCUUUGGCCAGCCGUACAACAACGUUUCUUACGCUUUACCUGGGGGUAGGGACGGAAGUCCCUUUACCACGCUGCAUUUUAAAAUCUACAGUGAGGAGACCAGAUCAUUGCUCGUGGCUAGUUCUGUCCCUGUGAACUCAACUGGGAAUCUCUUUGAGUUUCCAUUAUUGUCCUUCAUUCCACGCUGGGAGCCUUACCAGGUCUCGUUUCAUGGAAGUUCCCCCGAUGGCCAGCAAUCCUUCACCGCUACCACUCAAAUCUACGUUCUCCCCUCACGCUCCUACGGUAGCGCGGUGAAAAUCGACAAUCUUUUUGGUGGCCUUUACGUUCAAAAUGCACUCAAUCACUGGAGAGGCUGGUAUCCAGUCUUUCCCAACGGAUACUACGCCGACGGGUCAUAUGUCACUCCUUCAAACAUGUCCCUAGUAAACCUAGACACCUAUGUUGCUCAAGGCUUCAACACUAUCAACAUCGUCCCUAGUGGAGUCGGUCCAGACCAGUCGUAUCCAACAGGACAAUUAGAGCAAUACUGGGACCGCAUGGACGAGCUCAAUCUCUUAAAUAUCUAUGACAUGAGAUUUUCCUUCCAGAACGCUACACAAGUUAAUGACCAAGUUCAACUAUGGAAGAAUCGCACGAGCCUUCUAAUGUGGUAUACGGCUGAUGAACCAGAUGGCUGGGCCUACCCCCUGAAUUCCACAUCUCUAGCCUACAACCAACUCAAAUCCCUCGACCCCUACCACCCCGUUUCUCUCGUCCUAAACUGCCAGAACUUCUACUAUCAAGAAUACGCCUCCGGUGCCGACAUCAUCUUCGAAGACGCCUACCCCGUAGCCAUAAAUGCCACCUGGUCCAUUCCCUGGGACACGCCAUGCAAUCUAACCUAUGGCGAUUGCGGCUGCGACAACUGUAUCGGCUCUCUUACCGACGUCUCUGACCGACUCGACGAUAUCCAAACAUACCAAGCGAAUCUCCCUGGCCAAGGAAUGAAACCUACCUGGGCAGUCCUACAAGCAUUCGGGGACCAGGAUUACUGGAAAUCAAUCCCGAGCCCAGCAGAGGUGGAGAACAUGAUGAUGCUAUCUAUCAACCACGACGCGAAGGGCAUCACGUAUUGGAUCUAUCCCAGCACCGAAGACGUGAAUAUUGGGAGUGGCGCACUAGGCAAUGUCCUGAAGACGGAACCUGCGCUGGAUUUCCUCUUUGGCGCAAAUGCGAUCAAGACCCUGCAGGUCCAAGGUGAGCCGUUGGUGGAUGCGAGUGCGUGGAUCGUGGGGUCGGAAAUGAUGGUUGGUGUUGUGAGUGAGGAAUAUGUGAAUUAUGACUCGUUGGUUACGAUUACUCUACCAGAGGCAGCGAUCUCAAUUGCUCAAGUCUUGUAUGGAAAUUCGAGCUGGACACUCAAGGGGAACCAGUUAUCGAAGACGGGGCUUCAGGGUCUGGAAGUCAGUAUUUUGAUACUAGACGUACAGCACGGUCACUAG